CACUCCCAUUCCCAUUCUCUACUUAUACUUAGGUUAUGUAGAACUAAUUUAUUGUUUUGUAAAGUUAUAAUUCGUAAAUCAAGUUGAAGUGACUAUAAUUUGUUAAAAAUUGUUUUUAUCCUCUAAGAAUAACGUCUACAAGCUCCCUCGGUAUAUGUUUAUCAAUAAGUUUGUAUCGUGAAAUAACCAAAUUACCACCAAAUGCAAUAAGGUAGUCUAGGCAACUUGCUAAACUCUGGCUAAAAAUUAAAAUGGUAAUAAAUAUAGCUAAGCCAGUAGUAGUUGGAAGUUUUAUUGGGACAUGUGUUGCUGGGGCUUUUUUAAUUAAAGAUUAUUUUGGAGGGAAAAAAUAUGAGGGUGAGGAGCUUGUCGAAGGAAAAGUAGUGAUAAUUACAGGAGCAAACACUGGGAUUGGCCGGGAAGCAGCUUUGGAACUGGCCAAAAGAAAAGCUAAAGUGGUAAUGGCAUGCCGGGACAUUGCCAAGUGUGAAAAGGCACGUGAGGAUAUUGUAUUGCAAACAAAGAACAAGUUUGUCUAUUGUAGAUCAUGCAACUUAGCUUCUCAAGAGUCAAUCAGAACAUUUGCUGAUCGGUUUAAAAAAGAGCACCAACGAUUAGAUAUAUUAAUCAACAAUGCAGGAGUAAUGAGAUGCCCUUUCUCAAGAACUGUUGAGGGAAUAGAAAUGCAACUUGGAGUGAAUCAUAUGGGACACUUUCUCCUUACAAACCUACUUCUAGACAGACUCAAGGAAAGUGUACCAAGCCGCAUUAUUAAUGUAUCAAGCACAGCCCAUAAAAGAGGGAAAAUAAAAAAGGAUGACUUGAACAGUGAAAAAAACUAUGACGCAGGUGAAGCUUAUAACCAAAGUAAACUUGCCAACAUAUUGUUCACAAAAGAACUGGCCAUGAGAUUACAAGGUACUGGUGUAACAGUGAAUGCAGUUCACCCUGGCAUAGUGGACACAGAGAUCACCAGGCAUAUGAGUAUAUUCAACAGCUACAUUGCAGCCAUCUUUGUGAAGCCAUUCAUGUGGCUGUUCACCCGCACACCCCAGCAAGGAGCGCAGACAUUGCUCUACGCAGCUCUCUUACCAGAACUGGAAAAAGUCUCUGGUAAAUAUUUCAGUAAUUGUGAAGAAGCUGAAGUGUCACAGCAGGCAGAAGAAGAUAAAACUGCUCUAUGGCUUUGGUUAGUCAGUGAAAAGUGGACAAGAUUAACUUCAUAGUGUUUUAGGUUCACAAAAAAAUAAUAUUUAUUUGUAGUUUGAAUGUAUUAAUAAAUUCAAAUUUUGUUACAA